AUGAAGAAAACUUUUUAUGGUUUACAAAUCGUUUAUAAACGAGAACAAAAUUUAUCGAAUCCACAUAAAUGGUAUUAUGUUGCUAGUUGUGAUACUUAUGUUAAUGUUCAUCAUGCAUUUAAAAGAUUAGAUCCAUAUGAUAAUACAAAAUCAUUUUUUACUGAUGGUCAUAAUCGUAAAACAACAUGUCCAGAUAGUACAAAAACGCUUAAGAGUGAGUUUCUGACAGACUUAGGCACCGACGAUGGUGAGAUAUCUCAGAAUUUGCUGAUUUUUUUUCAUAUGUUGUAGAGGGCAGUGAGUUUAGUAUUCUCUGAAAUUUUCAGCUCGAUCUGAUCAUUUUUUCCUAUGCAAAUAGUCAAAAUACUAAUGGAAUUUUUUAUAACUUUCAAUAAUAAUUUUUUUUAUCGAUUUUCAGGUGAUUUUUCUGAGUAAAAUUGACUUUCGUAUCUUAAUUUGUCACAUUUUCGUCUUCUCGUUUUUCUAACUAUAACUAUUAAGGUAUUGUCCUUCUGCACAGAAAAUUUCCGGAGUUUUCGUCAAUCCUCUGAGGACAUCUGAAAUACUAUUUAAAUAGUCUAUUUUGUCCUUUUUUCUGCUUUUUUGCCAAAAUGUCACUCAAUCGCAUUUUAUGCGCCAACAAUCGAUUGCUCUCAUAUUUCUACCAGUGAUAGAGCGUAUCAAGUUUUAUCACCUAGGAUAACAGACAAUUUUGUCCCUUGAGAAAAAUGAAGCACUUUUGAUUAGAAGUCAUCUUUCCUUAUCAUUUAUGAUAUGUGCUUGAAGAUACUGGUCUUUUUAUCAUAGCUUAUGCCUUCUUGACUUGUUAGUGUUUUCAUAUUUAGCUAUUUCUCUGUUGUGGCUGGUAUGAUGACAUAAGAUUUCUAGAACAAAUCUUUGACAUUUUUAUUUUUAGGGAAAGAACGACGGUACAUUUAAAAGGGUCAUAUCCAUACAUAAUAGCAUAAAAGGAGCGUAUUUCCAGAUUUCGAUUGUGAAAAUAUGACUUUUAUCGACAAUGAACUUGAUAUUCAGAAUCAACAUAAAAUACUACACCAGAAAACACGUUUUCCAUCUUAAAAUGUUUCCGAUGAAAAUUUCGCAAUACUCCUCGCCAUUUACUCCUAAAAUUUUCCCUAUGGUCUCCCAUAGGUGAAAUUUCGACGGAAAAUAUUUUAUAGUG